AUGCGAACGGUUGUUGAAACCUGUGUCAAUAAUGAGCUUCGCGUGACGGCCUCGCGCCUCUGGGAGCUCAACGCGCCAAGGCACCGCAUCAGGCUCCUGGGGUGGUCAACAACCAGCCUGCCAUGCCGUCUGGUCUGCUGGGUUAUCAGAGUGUGCCGUUUUGGGAAACAAUGGAUAACACUGCCGGUUCCGUUAGCAGCCCACAUCGUGUUGGAAGGGACACAAGUCAAUAGUCUCAACGACAGGCUACGGCAUCAUCAGCAUGACCUCUUGUCUAUCUUCUGCUCUCCCAUUGCUAUUGCAGCUGAUAAGGCCCACGCGGAAGCCGUGGUAUUGUGUUACGCGCCGUUGUGCAACCCAUUGUGCAAAAUUGUAAAGGGAGAUUCCGAACAGCGAUGCCUCCCGCUUCCAGGUUGGACGUUGCGCCUUAGUGGGGGAAGUCAUGCUCGCGGCCUGGGAGACGAGCACAUACGCAAUGGCGGAAUCGUGGAGUUGUCGAAUGGUGGACCUAGCCGUGACAUGCUCGGCAGUGACACAGGAACCGAUGACCGCAUCUGGGGGUCACCAUUGGAAAGAAACAAUCCAGCUCGCUUCACCCCAGCGUCCUCAUAUCACUCGUUGCUUUCUUUUGUGCGGCCCACACCACACUUACAACGAUUCCGUAACCCGAAGCCGCCCUGUCGAAAGGUUUCUGCGAAGCGAACAUCCUCCCUGAAUUUGACUGCUUGCCCGGAUCUCUACCAGGAGAUUCCCGUGAACUUGGAACUAGAUUGCGAUGCACAGCAGAGUGACCAACAAGUCCCACCGCCCUGGCGCCGACCCCCUCACCAAAAGCUCUGGGCCAGCAACAGCGCAAGGCACGAGCAACCUGAUUUCACACAGCGCCGGUGCUGGCGGAGAGUACAAGUCAAUACUCCCAUCCUCUGUGUUCCGCAAGGUGCUGGCACCAGUGAUCGCUCGCCGUACUUCAGCUCCUGCAGCCUCCCCACUGCAUUCUGA